AUGCUUGAUACAGAGGAGUAUCACGCCCGGAAGGCUCAAAUCGCGGCCUUGAAGGCACAGCUGGACCAAUGGGAAGAAAGGAUAGAUCAGAAAAAGCAAAAUUAUGAAGCUUUCAUGCAACAGUUGGAGGAUAAGGUUCGUCAAGGAGAUGAAGCCAAGCGGAUGCUGGAAGCAGUGAAGCAACAGGAGCAGGGGAUGAUCAUUGUGCCACCAGCAACGCAGUCGUCUCCAUUUUCCAAUUUUCAAGCCUCAGCUCCUCAAUUCGUUAAUGUGCCGAGUUCAUCAAGAAUUGAAGAAGUUUCUCAAUAUGAAUACGCUUCCUCCAACCCUCAUGCUCCAACGCAAGGUUACCAGCAUGAACCUGCUUGGACACAGGCUACAACAAGCCGCAGUGGUGCAAGCUCGGUGACACAGUCAAGCCAGAGAAACCAGGCAGCCAACCAAUCUCACUUUCUUCACCCAGACCAAUGGAGCACGCAGUCCACAGUUCAUCUGGGUCAUCCACAAUAUCAUGGUCAUGGUGAAAACAACAAACAACCUCAUCGGCAGCGGAUACAUCAAACACAACCACACCAGCUCGCAAAUCCAUUUCCAUUAUCCCAAGGAGUUCACGGAGUUCAGGUUUCCCCUCAAGAAAUUCAUUCGCGGGCUCAAGCCCAGCCUAAAGCAUUAUCACAAGCCGCACUUUCACUUCAGUUCCAUGCAUCGGCCAUAGGCAACACUAGUAGCGCUGCCUAUCGACCUGCACAUGUUCGGCAUAAUGAGUCUUCAAGUCUUGCUGGGGCAUUAGGAGAGCGGAAAGGAAUUGCUCCUGCGACUCGGGUUGCAUCUACUGCGUCUACUCGUCAAUCAAUUAGGACCGUUGUUCCUAGUAAUCCGGCUCCCGAAGGUUCUGUAAUACAUAAACUUCCACCGCCUGCCAAUACGAACCACCGAGUUGCCCCCCUUCCAUCAACUAUCAAUACCGCCCUUCAGUCAGGUUCUGAACCGACAUCUCAGCAGGUUGUGGACAGAGAAGGAUCUCGAGGAAUGACCAUCUCCAUUCAGCAGGAUGCUCUGCCCCCUUCAACACUCUUUGCGCCCAAGACAGGGGCCACUCCCACUUCCGCAUCAGAAAGCGCACGGGCCUAUUUCGCACCGUUGCAUUCCAACCAACGCUCUCUGUUGGAGAGGGACAUCCAUAAUUGCCAAGUAGAAUUGCACCCUGGCACAUUCCGGAUUCUUUCUAUGUCGCCCUACCUUCGAAUUUUUAAGGACGCUCUAUCUGCGACUUCCAUAGUUUUCCCUGGUCAUGACAAGCUCCCUUAUUCUCUGAGUGUGAACGAUUUCAUUUCUUUGCUUCGCGGCAAUUCGCCCCUUCAAACUCCACAAAAGCUUUCUCCACACCAGUGGCCCAUGUCGCUUCCAGAACGUAAACAAAUAUUUACUCCUGCAACUAAUCCUCCAUCAAUUCCGGUGACCCCCAAUAACUUAGCUCCAGGGAACAAAGAAAGCGUUGUUCCCGUAGCUCCAUCUUCCUCUGAGGUUUCGGUAACUCCUCACACCUCUCGCCCCCUCCCAUCGGGUGGAAGCCUGCGUUCACCAGCUCACGCGGACAAGAGAACUCUCGCAAGGGAUGUUAUGUUUGCCCUUGGCAAGAGAGGUCGAGAGAGCAGUUCAUUGCUCAGUCUGGGGGUAGACCGUGAAGUCAAGCGUCAUGCCACGGAACAGAAGGUUCAAGGGGCGACUGUCGUCGCUCUUCCAACUAGCCAAGCUGGACGUGUGGACGGUUUAACAAGCUCUCCUUCCUCUACGACGCUACGUCCUCGCGGAAGUGAGAAUAUUGAAGUGAUCAACAACCCUCAAGCAUUACUUCCACCGAACAAAUUGUGGGAGGGGACAGAAGUUAAUGAAGCUACAGUAUCUCUCAAAACUCCAAUUGCCGUCAUCCCAACUGGCACCACGCAGCCCAUUUCUGAAAAUGACUCAACAUCGACGGCGCAAGCUGUGCAACCGUCCAUCCCUCUCAUCGCAGCUGCUCAGACCCAAGAUCUUGUCGAUCAUUCCUCGACUUCCACCAGAACCCUCCUGGUAGCCGGCCCAUCAAUUUCAUCCGCUCGCAAAGUUCUUGUUGACAUACCCUUGACUCAGCAGAAGUCUAUGGCGGAACCUUCCACUGUGACACCUUCUGCUUCCACCGUUGGCGACCUCUCGAUUGCUAGCACUCUUCCCGCUCGCAAACCUCUUGUCGACCUACCAUCGCCUGCACGCAAUGCGUUUUCUGACCACGGAGUCGAAUUAUCAUCCUCUCCACCUCCAAAGAAGGAUGAUCCACUAUUUCUGCCGUCACCCUCGUCAUCUCCAACUCCGGGGUAUGCGAAUGUAGCAAAUGACGACGACGCUCUCCCAAUCGUGCUCUCUGGUGAUGCCCAUGAGUCAACAGUAGACACGACAGAGUCGACCACUAUUGACAAUAAAAAGCAAAUAGACACCAAAGACAAGCAGCGAAAACAGCCGUUCUAUAUCUUGAUCCCACCAGCACCAGAAUAUUUGAUACGAUUUAGAGCGAAACAAGCGAAGAAAGAGCGGCAGGCUACGAGGGCUUCUCAAACAUAUAGAACUAAUAGGGACAGAACACAGACACAGUCUCUAGCCCCGUCUACGCCAGGGGAAGAUUUUGAUUUUACGUUCGAUUCUCAAGGACGGACGACCCACGAUGAAGAGGAAAGGGAGGCGAUGCAUCUUGCUUGCUCUCGGGUUCAGGAGGCUCCAUGCAAGUGGGGUGGCUGCGACGUUGUCAUGAACUCUGUGGAGGGGCUCGUUAUCCAUGUCAAGUCACAUUUUCCUGAUUCAAAUCAUACUAAACCUAAACCAUACACCUGUUUGUGGAGAAAUUGUGGCAGACGAUGCCGAGUUGAAGAGAACCACGUCGAGAUGCACCACGCACUUAGUUUCCUGAAAUGCGCAUAUGAGGGAUGUGAGGACGCCUUUCGCAGUUCCGCUAAGCUUCUUAAGCACAUACAAGCGGAGCAUAAGAAUGAUAAGCCUAGACCGCCCCGUUGGCCAACAGCUCCGAUUCUGGAGGGUCCUUUACCUCCCGCUCCUCCAGUACUUCCGUCAUACAUGGUACUGUCCAGGAAGGUUCAACAGGCUUCAAUACCAGACGACCGCCACGCUAGGCUGGGUCCAUGGGUUUUGCGAAACAUUGCUGGCGUGGAAACACAGAGGCCGAACAAACAGAAAGCUGCGAGAUCAACUCGUCGCAGGAUACGUGAUGGGGUUUUGGAUCAAGAAGUAAUCAAAACUUACGAAUAUUUGACGAGGCGUUCGACGCGGUAUUCAUCGAGCCUAUCGGAACCUGUUGACAUGCCGCUCGAAAAGUUGGAUUCUGCUGCCAUUUCUGAAAUGUUGAGUGAAGGAUUAUCCCUAUGGGAUAAUGAAGAGGAAGAGGAGUCCGAGGAGGGUACACAGGUAUCGACGCCACCUCCAGUGUCCAUCGGGCUGACAGAGGACAUAAAAGCAGAGGGGUUGGAUGUCACGAUUGAGCAUCUUCAUAACAACGCGGCUGAGGGUACACUGUAA